CAGAGUAACGGGAAAGUAGCACCGAGAAAGCUUCGGUCUUCUCUUUUUCCCAAGUGUCCCAAAGAAUCAAUUGAUAGUAUGGAGAACCUUGUAACCUUGUAACUUUACACAUGACAACAAUUGCGACAAAUCCAACGACGCAAUCGAUCACGAGCCAUGCUUUCUAUGAGGUAGUCCCGCCAUCCCGCCUAAUAUAGCCAUGUCUUCUACUUCGGUCUCCGAACCCCGACAUGACACCGUUGCAUCUAGAGGCCAACAAUCACCUGCAGGCGCCGGUAGUGCUACCGAUGCCGGUAACACUCGCGAUGGUGACAGCAGCUCCAAGAAGACGUUAACGCCUAAACCACCACCCCCCGAGAAGGCAGAAGAUAUCCAAAGACGAUCUUACAUCGUCGCCUCGUUUUGGUUUGUCGUACUAUUCUUCGGACUACCAAUAUGGUGGAAGACCACUACGAUAUACCGGGCAGAUCUGCCCCUGAGCCAGAUGAUGGACUGGGCUGACGGCAGGGCCUGCAAUCCAGUAUUUCCCAUAAGAAUUGCCAUUGAUGCGCCGACUCUACGAAACGAAGAGACUGAGAACCUCGUGCGCAUUACACAACAAGCUUUAGACACUCCGACCGACGAUUUCAAAGGCCAUCAUCUACAGCUUGAAGUAUCGGAACCGGCUACUGCAAAUCGUGCUCGUGAUCUAGCACGUAAUUCGAAUGUCGCCCUCACAAUACGAUUAAGUCCCGGCGAUGUUGCUACAUCAUCAUUCGAUUCACAACUACCCAUUCUUGAUGUCGCAUACCCCCCAAACUCGAUACCAGCACCGAAUGCUGCCUCUUCUGGCCUCGCGACAUAUCUGGCAGCACAGCUCAGAGAUGCCUUCUCUGAAGAACGAGAUGUUAUGUCAUAUCUCCUCUCGACGUCUUCUAUGCCUUUCGAGCAACGACCUCCGGGAUCCUCUCAAGAUUUAAGUGAUUCCCUCUCGAAGCGAAUGACGAGAUCAGUAAAAUAUUCUCGAACUUAUCAUCUUACAUUCUCAUUGUUUACCAGUGGGCCAAUUCCGAGCAGCUGGGACAUCGAAUCCGCCAUAGACGAAUACAUGAAACCGAUACUGGAUAUGCUUGGACCUAUCCACAACUUCACCAUCGAUACUCAAGUACAGCUGUACGCUAACCCUGGCGUUCAGUCGCAAAUGCUAAGCAAGGAAGACCUAUCUUCAUUCAUAAACGCUGCUGAAUGGCCUUUGUCGCCCUCUAUAGGGGGUGCGCCAACCGUCAACUUCGUCGUGUACAUUGGCAACCAGACUAUCGGUACCGCCUCGGAAACAGGUACUUCCCAGUCCUGGCUUAUACCUCAGUGGGGAUCCGUAUAUCUCUUGCCACCCCCCUCCGCCGAUCACGUCUCUUCAGAAAUACUAAAACAGCCGAUCCUAACAUUUACUUCCCAUCUACUGUCACUCAUCGGUACCCCGCAAUCGGGACCACUGCCGAUGCGUCUUUCGACGCUAACCCGCAUUCGAACCGCCGACUUGCUUCUACGAGCCUCCUCCUCUCUAGGAUCAUUAGCUCGCCUCUCAUUGGCACUACCAAGCAUAUCCAUCCCCUCUAGCGUUGCCGAUGGGGUAGCCAAAUCUAUGCAUCAUCUCCAACUUGCGUGUUCCAACCUUGGCGGAACCAGUGGACUCGAAAAUGCACGAAUCGCCGAUGUAGAAGCGGAACGGGCCUUUUUUGAGAAGAGUAUGGUUGGCCAACUCUAUUUCCCUGACGAACACAAGAUUGCCGUUUAUCUACCUCUUCUAGGACCUGUCGGAGUACCACUGGUUAUUGGCCUGUUGAAUCAGAUUAAAGCCUGGAAGAAGGCAAGAAAAGAGAAGAUUAAGGAGACUUGAAUGAGCAAGGUCACGUUUAAAAUCAGAAUUCAUCAAAAUUUUGGUAGGGC